AUGCAGUUGUCAUGGAAAGAUAUACCGCCGGUACCUACAUCCAACGACAUGUUGGAUAUAAUAUUGAACCGUACCCAAAGGAAAACCCCCACCGUCAUUAGACCCGGUUUCAAAAUCACCCGUAUUCGUGCUUUUUACAUGAGGAAGGUCAAGUUCACCGCUGAAGGGUUCGUUGAAAAGUUCAACGACUUGUUAAGUGGUUUCCCCAACAUUAACGAUGUUCAUCCAUUCCAUCGUGAUUUGAUGGAUACAUUGUAUGAAAAAAAUCAUUACAAGGUGUCAUUGGCUGCUGUCUCCAAAGCCAAGACUUUGAUUGAGCAAGUGAGCAGAGAUUAUGUGCGUCUUUUGAAGUUUGGUCAGUCAUUGUAUCAAUGUAAGCAGUUGAAGAGGGCAGCUUUGGGUCGUAUGGCUACUAUCACCAAGAAAUUGAAGGAUCCAUUCAUUUAUUUGGAGCAAGUUAGACAGCAUUUGGGUAGAUUGCCAAGUAUUGACCCAAACACUCGUACAUUGUUGAUUUGUGGAUAUCCAAACGUUGGUAAGUCGUCGUUUUUGAAAUGUAUUACUAAGGCCGAUGUUGAAGUGCAACCUUAUGCAUUCACUACAAAAUCGUUGUACGUGGGACAUUUCGAUUACAAGUAUCUUAGGUUUCAGGCAAUUGAUACUCCUGGUAUUUUGGACCGUCCAACUGAAGAAAUGAACAAUAUUGAAAUGCAAAGUAUAUAUGCUAUUGCCCAUUUGAGAUCGUGUGUGUUGUAUUUCAUGGAUUUGAGUGAGCAGUGUGGGUUCUCAAUUGAAGCUCAGGUUAAGUUGUUCCAUUCGAUCAAGCCUUUGUUUGCAAAUAAAUCAGUCAUGGUUGUAAUGAACAAGUCCGAUAUUAUCAAAGUUGAGGAUUUAGAUGUUGAGAAACAAGAAAUGUUGGAAACUUUGAAAUCUGUUCCUGGAGUUGAGAUUAUGCACACGUCUUGUUAUGAAGAAGAUAAUGUUAUGCAGGUGCGUAACCAUGCAUGCGAGAAAUUAUUGACAGCUAGAAUUGAGCAGAAAUUGAAGGGAACUGCCAGAGUCAAUAAUGUCUUGAACAAAAUCCAUGUUGCUCAACCACAGCAAAGAGACGAUGUUGAGAGAUUGCCGUAUAUACCAGAUGGAGCCAAAGAAUUCCUCAAUUACGAUAAAACCGAUCCAAAUAGAAGGAAGUUGGCUAGGGACUAUGAAGCUGAAAAUGGCGGUGCUGGUGUUUUCAACAUUAAUUUGAAAGACAAGUACAUUCUUGAUGACGAAGAGUGGAAACAAGAUACAAUGCCUGAAUUGUUGGAUGGUAAGAAUGUUUAUGAUUACUUGGAUCCAGAUAUUGCUGCCAAGUUACAGGCCUUGGAGGAAGAGGAGGAGAGAUUAGAACAAGAGGGAUUUUAUGACUCUGAUGAUGAAACCAAUGAUGCCAACAUGGAUAUGACCGAGGAAGAAAUACAAGAUAUCAAAGAUAAAGCACAAUGGAUCAGAAAUAAACAAAAGACGAUGAUUAUUGAAGGCAGAAACAGAAAAUCAUUGAAGAACAAGGCUGUAAUGCCAAGAGAUCAAAUCAAAAAAUCAUUUGGUGAUUUGGAAGAACAUAUGUACAACAUUGGCCACGAUACUGAUAAAUUACGCGAAAGUAUUGGUAAAAAGAGGAAAUCCAAUGAUGAAGGUAAGGCAUCUGGAGUUGACAUAUUAAGACAAAACCAAGGUAUCAAGUCUAGAAAAUUGGCCAAGAAGAAGCAAGCAGCCUCACAAUCAGAUAGAUUGAAUGAUGGUGUUAGUGAUGGGGCCAUGAGAUCGCAAGCUGAAAGAUUGGCCAAGAUACAAAGAAGAGAAAGAAAUAGAAUGGCGAGACAAGGUGAAGGUGAUAGACACUCGACUGCUGCUUUGCCUAAGCAUUUGUUUAGUGGUAAGAGAGGUAUUGGGUCAAGCGAUCGUCGUUAG